AUGGACCGUGAACUGAAAGCUCGCAAUUCUGCUGCAACCAUAGUCGGGGAUCAAGAUUUCAGCUUGGAAAAACAUCUCAAGGAUAUCAUAAAGCGACGUGAUGAGGAAGAAAUAAAAUCACGCGAGCUCGGUGUCGUGUUCAAUGACCUCCGUGUGGUGGGCAUUGGUGCAAGAGCAUCAUUCCAACCGACCAUUGGGUCCUUAUUUAGCCCUACCUCCCUCUUGCGCACAAUUACUGAAGCUCGUCAUCCACCCGUGCGAGAUAUAUUGUCAGGCUUUGAAGGCGUCGUUGCACCUGGCGAAAUGCUACUCGUUCUCGGAAAACCUGGGUCAGGAUGCAGCACCUUCCUCAAGACCCUUGCCAACCAGCGUGGCGAGUACCAUGCUGUUGAAGGGGAUGUUUCGUAUGAUUCAUUCACCCCUCAAGACAUCCAUAACCAUUACCGCGGAGACGUCACUUAUUGCCCAGAGGACGACGUCCACUUCCCUACCUUGACGGUCGAGGAAACAUUAUCCUUUGCCAUCAAAACUCGCACGCCUCAGACCCGUUUCACCAAUCAGUCAAGGAAACAAUUUAAUGCCGAAUUCUUGGACGUUCUCCUCAGAAUUUUCGGCCUUCGACACGUUCGAAAAACUGUCGUCGGUAAUGCUGCGAUUCGCGGUGUUUCGGGUGGAGAGAAGAAGCGUGUUUCCAUUGCGGAAGCACUAUCUUGCAGAAGCAUGAUCGGCGCAUGGGACAACUCCACUCGUGGCCUAGAUGCUUCUACUGCACUUGAGUUUGUUCAAGCUUUGCGUCUAGGUACCGACAUCGCACGUCUAACAACUAUCGUGUCCAUUUACCAAGCCGGGGAGCAAUUGUAUGAGCUCUUCGACAAAGUAUGUGUCAUCGAUGAAGGUCAAAUGGUCUAUUUUGGGCCGGCCAGAGCCGCCCGUCAAUACUUUAUCGAUAUGGGCUAUGAGCCCCUUAACAGGCAGACUACGGCAGAUUUCCUCGUUGGUGUCACCGACCCAAUUGGCCGGAAGAUUAGGUCAGGGUUCAUAGGCACAGUACCCCGAACGGCCGAGGAGAUGGCCGCCCAUUUCCGCGCGUCUCAGCUUGGCCAUCUUAAUCGCCAGGCAACUGACGAGUAUAGGGCACUUCAUGUUGGAAAAUCCGACCGCAAAGCUGCAUAUCGGCAGAGUGCAGUUAUGGAGCAUUCCCACCAUGCACCCAAGAAUAGUUCAUAUACUAUAUCUAUCCCUAUGCAAGUCAGGGCUGUGAUGAUUCGUCGUAUGCAAAUUAUUAAGGGCGACUUGUCCGCGCAGGUGGUACAGUUAUGUGCCCAAAUCUUCCAAGCCAUCAUCAUCGGAUCUGUCUUUUUGAAAUUGCCUGAUGCAACCUCGGGCUUUUUCUCUCGGGGAGGUGUUUUAUUUUUCGCUCUCUUCUUCGGCGCAUUAUCUGCAAUGGCAGAAAUUCCCUCUCUGUUCGCCCAGCGCCCCAUCAUAUUACGCCAUCAUAAAGCAGCGAUGUACUACCCCUUCAUCGAGGCUUUUGCUCAUACAGUGGUAGACAUACCCAUUACGUUCAUCAUUCAAGCUGUCUUCUGCGUCAUCCUUUACUUCAUGGUCGGCCUGCAAACAACAGCAUCUCAGUUCUUUAUAUUUUUCUUAGUAGUCUUCAGCAUGACCAUUACGAUGAAGGCAUUCUUCAGGAUGCUCGCGGCCAGUUUCAAGGAUGAGUCCGGUGCAACGUCCAUGGCCGGUAUCUCCGUACUACUUGUUUCCCUGUACACCGGCUACACCAUUCCUCGUCCAAGUAUGCCAGGCGCCCUCAGAUGGAUAACAUAUAUCAAUCCUCUUCGUUACGGCUUCGAGGCCGUCCUGACGAACGAGUUCCACACACUGAACGCUACUUGCAGCACACUUGUUCCCCAAGGUCCAGGAUACGAGAAUGUUUCUUUAGCGAACCAAGUUUGCACGACUGUCGGAUCACUGCCUGGCUUGAUCACCGUAGACGGCAAUAGGUUUGUGAACAUGUCGUACGGCUACUCGUAUAGUGAUCUGUGGAGAAAUUAUGGUAUCAUCAUUACCUUUGGGAUUGGCUUCUUUGUGCUCCUGCUCAUCGCCGCGGAGUACAACACGAACUCCGCGUUUGAUACCGCGGUGACUCUCUUCAAGCAAGGAACGCGUGCAAUAGAAGUUACUGCUACUACGGAAGACGAAGAGAAAUUUGACAAGUUAUCUACCCGGCCACCAUCUUUGGACGGUGGUGCAGCGCAGACCGCCGGCGCACCUGCACCCUAUAGUUCACUCGAAAAACCAGAAACCCUUGAUGUAUUUACCUGGCAACACAUCCAAUACGUCGUAUCGGUAUCCGGCGGAGAACGGCGUUUGCUCGAUGAUGUCUCUGGGUACGUUGCACCUGGAAAAUUAACGGCUCUCAUGGGCGAAUCUGGCGCUGGAAAGACAACGUUGCUCAAUGUUUUGGCUCAACGGGUUGAUGUCGGAGUCGUCACGGGAAAUCGGUUCGUCAACGGGCAGCCCGUUCCCGCAGACUUCCAGGCUCAGACUGGCUAUUGUCAACAAAUGGACACUCACUUGCCGCAAACAACUGUUCGCGAGGCUCUUCUGUUUUCCGCUCGCCUACGACAACCUGAGUCUGUCCCAUCUGCGGAACUUGAAUCAUACGUAGACAAGUGCCUGACCAUGUGCGGCCUCGAAAAUUAUGCUGAUGCUGUCGUUGGAUCACUGGGUGUUGAGCACCGCAAGCGUACUACCAUCGGGGUUGAGCUCGCAGCAAAGCCCAAACUGCUUUUAUUCCUCGACGAGCCAACGUCCGGCCUCGAUUCCCAGUCUGCCUGGGCAAUCAUGACGUUCCUUCGUGAACUGGCAAACAAUGGACAGGCCAUUCUUUGCACAAUCCACCAGCCCUCUGCUGAACUCCUCCAGGUGUUCGACAGGCUAUUACUUCUGCGCAAGGGUGGUCAGACCGUCUACUUCGGUGAUAUCGGCGAUAAAUCAUCGGUUAUGCUGGAUUACUUUGAGCGCAACGGAGCCACUCACUGUGACGCCAAUGCUAAUCCUGCUGAGUACAUGCUGGAUACCAUUGGGGCCGGCGCAACCGCGACCACCUCUGUCGACUGGCAUGACAUUUGGAAGCGAUCUCCCGAAGCUGUUGGACUUCAAGCGCAGAUUGAACGGAUACACGCUGAAGGUCGCGCACGGCCAUCGGUUGAGACGGAGCGUCGCUCUGAAUUUGCCACCUCAUGGAUUCAUCAAGCGGUCAGCCUUACGAAGCGCAACUUCCUUGCGUACUGGCGUAACCCGACGUAUCUCAUCGCGAAGAUCAUUCUCAACAUCGCGGGUGGUUUGCUCAUAGGGUUUACCUUCUACAACUCCAAGGAUAGCUUGCAAGGGACACAGAACAAGCUUUUUUCAAUUUUCCUGGCAACUGUUCUCUCUGUUCCCAUAUCUCAACAACUCCAAUCCGUCUACAUCGACAUUCGCUCCAUCUAUGAAAUCCGGGAGCGACCGAGCAGAAUGUACAGCUGGACUGCACUGGUUACGUCGCAAAUCCUGGUCGAGAUUCCCUGGAACAUCUUAUGCUCAUCGCUAUUCUUCGUCUGUUGGUACUGGACAGUUGGUUUCGCUACCGAUCGAGCAGGCUACACAUACUUGAUGUAUGGAGUCGUGUUUCCCCUCUAUUACACUACUAUCGCAGAGGCGGUCGGAGCCAUGGCACCCAGCGCAGUGAUCGCAUCGCUAUUGUUUAGCACAGUAUUCUCAUUCGUCGUCAUCUUUAACGGUGUUUUGCAGCCUUUCCGUGCGUUGGGUUGGUGGCAAUGGAUGUACAGGGUAUCCCCAUUCACGUAUGUCGUCGAAGGCAUCUUGGGUCAAGCUAUUGGUGGACAACUGAUCAAUUGCGCGUCAACUGAAUUAGUGACCGUCGAUCCUCCCAGUGGACUCAGUUGCGCGACGUAUAUGGAUCCCUUCAUUUCUUUUGCCGGGGGCUACAUCACGAACCCCAAUGCUACGACUGCUUGCCUAUACUGCCCUUACCGCACCACCGAUGAGUUCAUGUUCAGCAAUUUCAACAUCUUGGAUUCUCAUCACUGGCGAAACACGGGCAUUGUCCUGGGCAUCGUCGUGUUUAAUGUAUUUGCCAUAUUUGCUUUCACAUACAUAUUCCGCAUCCGCAGGGGCAACAUAUUUAGUCUUUUCAAGGGCCGAAGAUAG